AUGCUUGGAGCUACUAAUUUGAUGCGCUCACACACUCAAACUUCACACAUACGAUUAAAACGAACUUUUGUUGUAGUCACUGUUGCGCGAGAAAAGUUUAUAACCCCCGGUCCAAAGAAAGAUACUAAAAAACAAAAGAAAAUCAAGUUUGAUCCAACAGACGAAUUAUGGAAGUCAGAUAUUAAUUUGAACGAAGAUAUUACGAAAGCAUUAGGAGGUGUGGCGUUACUUGAAAAAGAGCGUAAAUCGGGAGACCCCUUUAAACAACGCGCGUACGAAAAUGCUAUAUACAUAAUAACAUCUUAUCCGGCCAGAAUAAUCUCCGGUGCUGAGGCCAAGAAAUUACAAGGAAUUGGCAGUAGCAUAGCAAAUAAAAUUGACGAGAUUCUUAAAACAGGCACUUGUGAAUCGUUGAAGGAAAAACAGGAAGAUGCAGAAUUAUUCGAGACUUUUAGUCAAGUAUUUGGGGUUGGACCAGUAGCUGCGAAAAGAUUUGUAGACAAAGGGUACAAAUCUAUUUCUGAUCUAGCGAACGACCCGGACCUGACCGAUAUGCAGAGACUUGGAAUAAAAUAUGUCGAUGAUUUCAAGCUUAUGAUUCCAAAAGUAGAGGCUCAAGGAUUAAUACAUUAUGUUCAAGACGUAUUAAAGGAACUAAGUCCGGCGUACAUAGGCAUUGCGUGUGAUGGCCAUCGACGCGAACUGUCCGAAACUAACUCACUAUACAUGGCGAUAACUCAUCCAAAUUAUACUUCUUCUCCGUCUACUGAUCCUGGGAGACUUCUUCUUGAUCUUACUGAUGCAUUGACGGAUUUGGGCUUUCUCACGGAUCAUAUUUCAUCAGGAAUUUUGAAGUAUUGGGUAAGAUGGGAAUCGAUAGAGGGUAGCACCAUUUGA